AUGGAAGAGCCCUUCCCCAAGGACUUCCGUUUCCCAACAAUCAAGACGUACUCAGGGACUUCCGACCCGCGAGCGCAUCUCAACAGGUACCGGGCCGCCAUGUUGAUGACGGGGGCUAGUGACGCUAUCAUGUGCCGGGGUUUCUUUUCGACCCUGGAUGGCCAGGCCCAGGACUGGUUCGGAUCCCUCCCGGAGGGCUCCAUCUCUACCUUCACGGCUCUUACCAAACAAUUCAUGUCGUAUUUCGCUAGUAACGUACAAAAGAGGAAGGAGUUUGCAGACCUAUAUCACGUAAAGCAGCGGCCCACAGAUUCACUACCGGAGUUCCUCAACAAAUGGAAGCGCGAAGUAUUGGGGGUCGCCAACAUCGACGACAGGGCAGCCCUGAUAAUCUUCAGGAAUAACUUGCGUUCCGGCCCGUUUUACCGGGACCUCAUCCGGUACCCUCCCAAGACUUACAACGAGCUGAUGGACCGGGCAACAAGGUUCGCAGAGGCAGAAGUAGCUGAGAAGCGGAAGAAGGAAGAGGAGGAGGGGAGGAGUCGGAAAAACAAAGCACCGCAAGAGGAGCGUCGGGCGCCAAGGGAUUGUGCAGUACCCAGGGGAGUGCAUGAAGAUAUCCCCAAGGUGGACCCGAAUAAGUAUUCACACCGUAAACGAGAACUGGGUCAACUCACUGAGGAGGAGGAGGUAGAACUCGACAACCCCGCACCCCGGAAGAAACAGGCCAUCCACGUUAUCUUUGGGGGGCCAGAAGGGGGGGACACACCGGCGGAACGAAAGAAGUGGGCGAGAAACCUAUAUGUUGGAGAGGUCGUACGACCCCCGCACGAGAAGAAGCCAAGGCGUGAACCCAUCGUGUUCACAGAGGCUGACCUACCUGAUGGCCCCCUCUCCCAUCGUGACGCCCUAGUCAUCAAGGUGGAAAUCAGUGAUGUGAUAGUGCACCGGGUGCUCGUGGACACAGGCAGCUCGGUAAAUGUCAUGUACUACGACACGUUCACCCAGCUGGGCCUAUCGAGAAAGCAGUUGGGACAAGUGCGGACCCCUUUAUCGGGCUUCACAGGGGACUCCAUUGAGACGGAGGGAUCCAUAAACCUGGAGGUGGAGAUAGGCACCCCUCCCCAUGUCAAGAGGUGGGAGGUCGAGUUUGUGGUGUCAAGAUCAAUUGCGCUCAUAACAUAA